AUGGUCGCCCUCCUCUACUACAUAAAAGUUCUCAACCGCGAUGCACAGCCCUUCGAGCCAUUCUCCAUCCUGGGACUAAGUCCUGGCGCAUCAGAUGCGGACAUCAAGAAGGCUUAUCGCAAGCUCUCCCUGCAGUACCACCCUGACAAGAACCCCGACCCAGCCGCGCACAAGUUCUUUGUGGAUUACAUCUCCAAGGCGUACCAGGCGCUGACAGACGAGGUGGCGAGGGCCAACUGGGAGAAGUACGGCCACCCCGACGGGCAGCAGGCCAUGAACGUGGGGAUUGCGCUGCCCAAGUUCAUGCUGGACAUUCAAGGACCCAAGGGAGCGUACCUUCUCCUGGGCCUGGUCGGGGUGGGCAUUCUGCUUCCGCUCAUCGCGGUUGUCAUCUACCUCUCGCGCUCCUCCAAGUACACGGGCAACAACGUCAUUCAGGACACGCUCAGGAACUUCUACCAGCUCAUGAAGCCCUCGCUCGCUCCCAGCAAGGUGAUUGAUGUCUUGACCAAAGCCAUGGAGUUCUUAGAAAUGAAGGUGCGGGGGUCAGACGUGGAGCCGAUGCAGAAAGUCUUCUCCCUCGUGCGCCCUGAGCUCAAUCUCGACCCCAAGAACCUCAAGCAGGAGACUAAGAAGUUCUGGUCUCGCUUCCCUGCUCUCAUCAAGGUGGAGCUGCUGUUGCUGGCGCAGCUCACACGGCAGGCAGACUUGGUUCCACCAGAGCUGCGGCGGGACUUCAACACCAUUCUCAAGCUCACUCCGCGGCUCAUGGAGGAGCUUAUCAAGAUCUCUCUCUACCCGCGCCCCCCUGUGGGCCAUGCCUGGUUGCGUCCAGCAGUGGGGGCCAUCGAGCUCUCUCAGAGCUUCUAUCAGGCCGUGCCGCUGUCGGCCCGCAAGCAGACGGACAAGGGGGGCAGCGCGGAGGGCAUCGCUGCGCUGCUGCAGCUGCCGCAUGUGGACGAGGGGGUGGUGAAGAAGCUAACGAGGAAGGUGAGAAGCGGUGUGGGUUGGUGGGGAAUGGUUAUGGCCAGUCGGGGUGGGAGUGUUGGAAGCUCCCAGGGUGGUUCGAAGCACAUAGAGGGAAGGGGCUGUGCGGAGGGCAUUGCUGCUCUGCUGCAGCUGCCGCAUGUGGACGAGGGGGUGAUGAAGAAACUCAUUAGAAAGAAGCUCAAGACCCUCCAGGAGCUCAGGGAAGUGACAGAGGAGGCUCGCACCGACCUGCUCACCACCGUGGGAGGAUUGACUCCCGCUGAAGCCAGUGACGUUGAGGCGACCCUGAGCACCAUGCCUGAGAUACAGGUGGACGCGGCGUGCAUCUCGCAGGGUGCAGACGGCGGCAUUCAGGAGGGCGACGUGUUAAAGAACCUCCAAGAGCUGAGGGAGUUGAGCGAAGAGGCUCGCACCGACCUGCUCACAACCGUGGGGGGACUCAGCCCCUCAGAGGCCAGCGACGUGGAGGCUACGCUCGGGACGAUGCCCGAGAUACUGGUCGAUGCGGCGUGCAUCACGCAGGGCGCAGACGACGGCAUUCAGGACGGCGACGUCGUCACCCUCCGCAUCUGGCUCACCAUGCGCCGCGGGACCAGCGGCAACGGACCCGUCGUGGCCCACCCCCAUAUGCCGCACUUCCCCUACCAGAAAGACGAGGCCUUCUGGCUGAUGCUCGCAGACCAAGCCGGGAACUCCGUAUGGCUCUCCCAGCGGGUGACUUUUCUGGAUGAGACGGCGGCGAUCCGGGCGGCGGCGGAUUACACGAGAGAGACUGUGGAGGCGGAGGGGUUUGAUGAUGGGGAGGUGGCGCGGGAGGUGAAGGAGGCGGUGGAGAGGGUGAAGGGCGGGGCGAGGCUGGUGAUUGGGAGGUUUCAGGCGCCGGCUGAAGGGGUGUAUGCUCUGACUGUGAUGGUGAUGAGUGAUGUGUGGAUCGGGUGUGACAAGAAGGUUCCUCUCAAGAUCAAGGUGUGUGCUUUGGGAAUCUUCGAACCUGCUCAUGGCAUGGGGUGGGUGGUAUGGGACUGCUGGUGA